UAGCUUGUACAGAAAUUCAACGUACAUAUGAACAACGUCGACGUGAUCAUUAUCAACUGCAAACGGAAGGAACAUCUGUCCUUGAAUCACUAUCAACAAUAAAAGAUCUUAAAGGAUAUUUAGAAAAAUUAGAUGUUGCUAUUGAACGUGAACAACAACGAGAACGUGUUUAUUCAAAUUCAGAUAUGCCUGUUAAUAUAAAACUUGAACCAAAUGAUUUUAUGGAUGACGAAGAUUUUAAUCAUAAUGAAGAUAAUCAUGAAAAUCAUACUAUUUCAAAUUCUUUAUCGAACAGUAGAAGUUUAUCAACAGAAAAUAAAGAUAAUAAAUCUGACGAAUUAUCAGCGGAAGAAGGAGAACGUAGUGAUACUAAUUUUAGUGAUAUUAAUGAUGCUGAUAGUGAUAAUGAAGAACGUCAUCAACAUACAACAUCAAAUAGUGAUUCAGCUAAUCUAAAGCAAUCUGUGACUAUAUAUCGUGGUCUAUGUCCAUUAACUCGUGUUGGUCUUUUUGGUAUUCUUCCAAUACAUAAUAUUCGAUUAUGUGAAGGAAAAUCAAGUUGUCUUUAUAAUCAUUUACAAAGUUUUCAUCAUAUGACAGCUCGUAGUGCAUAUAAAGUUUGUAAAGCUGUUUUAAAACAACGUGAUCCAAUUUUAACAGUACUUUUUGGUUCAGAAGAUAUUUUAUAUAAUAAACAUUUUCAUAUUGCUUGUCCAUUUAAUGAAGAUGCAAAGAAUCCAUUUGAAUGCCAACCAAAAUAUAUAUAUAAAGCUCCAUGUUCAUCAAUAAUAUCACGUCUUGAUAUGCCAAGACAUUUACGUGAUGUUCAUCAUGUUUAUCGAACUAGUGCAUUAAAAAUAGUUGCUGAAAUGAGACGUUGUUCAAAAAAUUCCGAUAAAAAUCAAAUUCUUAAAUUAAAUCCAACGCUUUUCGAUAAACAUGAAAAUAUUAUUGAAGUAAUCGAUGAGAAAUCUAAUACACGAAUGAAACAAAUUUCAUUAUUAUCUGAUAUUUCAAAUGAUUUAUUCUUUGAAAUAUUUGAUUAUCUUGAUGUAUUCGAUAUUUUCCAAGGAUUUUACAAUUUAAAUCAAUAUUUCAACUAUUUAAUUAUAAAUCGACAUAUUUGUUUUCAAGCAAAUAUGUUAUCGUUAAAACCAAAUGAAUAUUCUAUUUAUAAAAAUAUUAUUUUACCAAAAAUUAGUUGUUAUAUUCGUUAUUUAUCAAUAUCGGAUGAAUUGAAUUAUUUACAAAUAAUUCUCCAUUCAUUUUCCUUCGUUAAUUUACAAUCAGUUCGAUUGUAUAAUGUUAAAUUAAAUGAAUUAAAAAUUCUACUUCAAUAUUGUAAGUUAAAAUCAAUUUUAAUUGAUACAAAUUCUAUUCAAAAUGAAAAACAUCUAAAUGAAAUAUUUAAGAUUUUAUUCAAUCAACAAUUAGAUCUUCGAUCAAUUCAAUGUAAUUUCUAUACAAAACUACAUUUUAUUGAAGAACAAUAUAAAUUAAGUAAAGUUAGAAAAGUUAUUAUUGAUUGUGAAUGUUUUUCAAGUGAUCUAAUUGUUCUGAUAUCUCAAUUACCAGAAUUAUAUCAUUUAAGUGCAUAUAUUAAUGAUCAUAAUCGAGAAUGUAUGGAUAAAGAUAUUGAUCAUAUAUCUGAAAGUAAAUCUCUUCGUUCACUUAUACUUCAUAUUGAAAAUAUUGAU